CGGUCCGCGAGGCCUCGGUGGCUGUGGCUGUCUCUCUCGUUGGCCGGCUGUGGAAAAAAGCUUUGCAGCCUGGGGCAGGGCUUAAAGUCGUUCGUUCUUUGUGUCCGAAGAGAAAAUGAGUUUAGCUCUGAGAAAUGAGCUUGUAGUAGACAAAACAAAGAGGAAAAAACGAAGAGAACUCUCUGAAGAACAGAAACAAGAAAUUAAAGAUGCUUUUGAACUAUUUGAUACCGACAAAGAUGAAGCAAUAGAUUACCACGAGUUAAAGGUGGCAAUGAGAGCCUUGGGGUUUGAUGUGAAAAAAGCUGAUGUUCUGAAGAUUCUUAAAGACUAUGACAGAGAGUCAACAGGGAAAAUCACCUUUGAAGAUUUUAGUGAAGUUGUGACGGACUGGAUAUUAGAUAGAGACCCUCAUGAAGAAAUAUUGAAGGCAUUUAAGCUAUUUGAUGAUGAUGAUUCUGGUAAAAUAAGCUUGAGGAAUUUGCGACGAGUUGCCAGAGAAUUAGGUGAGAAUAUGAGUGAUGAAGAACUUCGGGCUAUGAUAGAAGAAUUUGAUAAAGAUGGUGAUGGAGAAAUAAAUCAAGAGGAAUUCAUUGCUAUUAUGACUGGUGACAUUUAAAGAAUUACAAGGAUAAACAAGAAGAAUGUUUUAGUUACCAUCACAAAUUCUAUUUUUGCGCCUGGAGCCAUGUUUAAAAAAAAAGAAAGCCAACUUAGAUUUUUUCACCCAGAAGAACCAAAAAUAAUAAGCAUCUUCUGUAUUCAUAUUUUACUACUGCUAAGUUUAUUUGUAUGAAUUGUAUUAUUGGUAGUGUAGUGGUUUAGCUUUGUAUUUAUAAACAGCUUUUAUAUAAAGUUUUAAAAAUUGAAUCAUGUGUUAUGUUCUUUUAAUUUUUUUUUA